AUGCCUAUUCCCACACAACACCACUUGGAACAUUCAUCCCGUUCACAGGCUGCUCUUGGAUUUUGCUACGAAUUCGGUCUUGGGGUUCCUCAGGAUUUUAAAGAAUGCGAUGCCUUUUACUUGCUAGCUGCUGAAAAAGGCAGUGGUUUAGCUGCUGCACGACUUUCAUUUCUUCGUCGUUAUGGUCGUCCUGGAAUCCGUAUGGACCGAGUCGAAUCUGAGGCAUGGGUUACACGAGUUCAGGAGCAAGGCAGCCAUGCAAUUGAUUGGCUCGUAAAGGCUGCCGAUAUUGAUAAUCAUCCAUCCGGAAACUAUGCGCUUGGAGUAUGCUACCAUGAUGGUAUUGGUGUCCCCAAGUGUGCCGAAAAGGCAGUGUACUACUAUAAACGAUCAGCCGUCUUUAAUCAUCCCCGAGGACUUGGUAUUCUUGGAUUUUGUUAUGGUGAAGGAUACGGGGUGCCAAAAAAUCUCGAGGUUGCAUUCCAAUACUAUCUUCGUGCAGCCACUCUCGGUGAGUCUGUAUCCAUGUACAACGUAGCCCAUUGCUAUGAAGAAGGUGUUGGGGUUGCCAAGGAUCUUACACUUGCUAUCCACUGGUAUCGCAAGUCUGCCGAGUGUGGCAACUGUUAUGCUCAAAACAGUCUUGGAUACAUGCACGAGGAAGGACACGGUGUUGAACGCAGCGAUGCUGACGCUGUCAAAUGGUACAAGCUAUCUGCAGAACAAGGAUACCCAUGGGCUCAGUGCAAUCUUGGUUUUUGUUUACAAAAUGGGAUUGGCACUGAUCGCAACGAAAUACUUGGAUCCUAUUGGUAUCACAAGGCGGCUGUUCAGGGACAUUCCCGCGCACAACACAAUCUAGGACACGCUUACCAAUACGGCAUUGGUGUUGAGCAGAAUGAAGCGCUUGCUGUUCAGUGGUAUCAGCGAUCAGCCAGUUCUGGAAACUCGUAUGCCAUGCAUUCUCUUGGAUACUGCUACCAAUAUGGUAUUGGUGUUGAUAUCGAUGAAAGUAUGGCACUCACACUGUAUCACGAAGCGGCAAAACUUGGGCACGGUCCAGCUCAGCUCUCACUUGGAUGUUGUUAUAGAAGUGGCAUUGGUGCCAAGGUAGAUGAAAAGGAAGCAUUCAAGUGGAUUCAGCUCAGUGCUGAAGGCAACAAUGCGCUAGCGCAAAACACACUGGGACAUUUGUACGAGGAUGGAAUUGGUACUGCGGCAAAUAUCGAAAGAGCUGUGUUUUGGUAUACUCAGAGUGCUGAGCAAAAUAAUGUUUGGGCACUAACCAACUUGGCUAUUUUGUACUCGGAUGGUAAUGGUGUACCUCAAAAUGACACCGAAGCUGUUCGACUGCUUCGACUUGCUGCUGACCAAAACCAUGUACGCGCACAGACACGGCUGGCAGAUAUGCUGGCAGUUGGACGUGGCUGCACUGCUAAUUUGGUUCAAGCACUUGCUUGGUACGAAAAAGCUGCCGAUCAGGGAUCAGUUAGUGCCAUGGGCAUUGUUGCAAGAUACUAUGAAGAGGGUUUAGGUUGCAUUUCUGAUAUUGCUAAAUCGAUCGAGUGGUAUGAAAAGGCAGCUAGUUGGGGUGAUCAAGAUGCAUCUGAACGGCUCGUUCAGCUUGUUGCCAACUCUGUUUUGCACUCCAAUAUCUUUACAUAUGGUUGUGCUGCUCGUGCUGCAUAA